AUGUCAGACUUCUUGUCAAGAGCCUGGAUUUUUUCACAGAGAGUGGAGAUGUGGAUUCUGAUUCUGGUGGUUUAUUUGCUCCAAAGAAAUGUGAAUUCAGGCCAUUUGCCAACUAAAUCUGUGGACCCAGAAGCAUUCAUGAAUGUUAGUGAGAUCGUCCGACAUCAAGGCUAUCCCUGUGAGGAGUAUGAAGUUGCGACUGAAGAUGGGUAUAUACUUUCUGUGAACAGAAUUCCUCAAGGCCUAAUGCAACCUAACAAGAAUGGGUCCAGGCCGGUGGUAUUGCUGCAGCAUGGACUGCUUGGAGAUGCUACCAACUGGAUUUCCAAUCUCCCCAACAACAGUUUGGGCUUCAUUCUGGCUGAUGCUGGUUAUGACGUGUGGAUGGGAAACAGCAGAGGAAACACGUGGUCUCGGAAACACAAGACCCUCUCCAUAGAUCAAGAUGAGUUUUGGGCUUUCAGUUAUGAUGAGAUGGCUAGGUUUGACCUUCCUGCAGUGAUAAACUUUAUUUUGCAGAAAACGGGCCAGGAAAAGAUCUAUUAUGUCGGCUACUCACAGGGCACCACCAUGGGCUUUAUUGCAUUUUCCACAAUGCCAGAGCUGGCUCAUAAAAUCAAAAUGUAUUUUGCUUUAGCCCCCAUAGCCACAGUUAAAUAUGCAAAAAGCCCUGGGACCAAAUUUUUGCUGCUGCCAGAUAUAAUGAUUAAGGGAUUAUUUGGCAGAAAAGAAUUUCUUUACCAGACAAGAUUUUUUAGACAGUUGGUUAUAUACCUUUGUGGCCAGAUGAUUCUUGAUCAAAUUUGUGGCAAUAUCAUAUUACUGCUGGGAGGAUUUAACACAAACAAUAUGAACAUGAGUCGAUCAAAUGUCUAUGUGGCCCAUACUCCUGCUGGGACAUCUGUGCAAAAUAUUCUCCACUGGAGCCAGGCAGUGAAUUCUGGGGAACUCCGUGCAUAUGACUGGGGGAGUGAGACAAAAAAUCUGGAGAAAUGCAAUCAGCCUACUCCUAUAAAGUACAACGUUCAAGACAUGACAGUUCCAACGGCCAUGUGGUCGGGAGGGCAGGACUGGCUUUCAAAUCCAGAAGAUGUAAAAACACUGCUCUCUGAAGUGACUAACCUCAUCUACCAUAAGAACAUUCCUGAAUGGGCUCACGUGGAUUUCAUCUGGGGGUUGGAUGCUCCUCAGCAAGUGUACAGUGAAAUCAUACAUCUGAUGAAAGAGGAGGCCAACCUUUCCCAGGGAACCUGCAAGAUUACACUGUAA